GCAUGCUGCCAGCGGUGGUGAAGCUCUGCUGCGGAAUCUCUUACUCACACGUACGGAGCGCCACAGGACUGAAACGUGCAGCUAUGGCCGCUAUUGGACAAGAGUUAGCUCACCUGAAAAAGGACAGUCACCUCACCUUACCGGGUUGGACGAGAAUCACGCGGCACGUUGAAAACAGAAGCGAGGGUGCAAUGCCAAAGGGAUCAAUUGCUUUGAAAGAGGAAGAAUCAGCCUAUGAGAAACAAGGCCGAGAUGCGCUGGAAAAGGCCUUGGAGAUUGUUGAGAACAAGACUGGGUGGAAAAUCGAAAUUUCAGAGGAAAAUGGGGACGUUAUCUACAGCAAAACACUACCGGGGGCAAGAAAGGUGUUCAGACUGGAAGCUGUUUUAGACGCCUCCCCUGAAGAACUCCAUCACCACUUGUUUAUCAAUGUGACAGAAAUGAAGUUAUGGAACCCUAACAUCCAGCACAUUGAGGUGCUGAAGCGUGUCAGCAAGGAUACCAUGGUAACUCACGAGGUUUCAGCCGAGGCCGCAGGCAACCUGAUUGGCCAGCGGGAUUUCCUGAGUGUCAGACACUGCAGUAAGCAGAAGUCUUGCAUUUACUUAGCUGGAAUUGCCACACACCUAGAAUCCUACCCUCCACAAAAGGGCUUCGUAAGAGCCCAAGAUGGACCUACCUGCAUAAUUAUACAGCCGACUGAAGACAGCACGGGCCGCAGCCGAUUCACUUGGCUUCUCAACAUGGACCUGAAGGGUUGGUUGCCGAAGUCCAUUGUCUAUCAAGCUCUGCCGCGAGCCCAAGCGGACUUCACCCGGCACCUACGGAGACGCCUGUCCGACAGGACGCCAACUGCCUAGUGCUGAGUCAACCCCAGAAGCAAAUGAGUCACUCUGUCUCUGAAAUAGCCACCCUCCGACUCCCCCCGGUGCCUCGAGCAGAGCAAAAACGUCACCGGCUGGAGCACCGGCUUCAACCCUAAAGAGGACCUAAGAUGCUCUCCAGAUUUCUGCAGGCAUAACUAACUAGACAAACAGACAAUUUGUAUUCAUUAUAGGAACUCAAUGCCACACAGCCUCGUAACCUGAUGAGUUAAAUUGAUAUUAAGAAAUAAACUACUUUUAAUAACCAUACUCACAUCCUAUUCAAAAUGAGGGCUAAUAUAUGUUAUAACUGUUAUUAUAAUGCUUUAAUAAAUUAUUGUUUGGUACUGGA